GCUUCUCGAGGACACUUAGUCAGGUCUGUGAUGUAAUAAUAAAGUUCUUUAUGACGUCAUGGCGAUGGUUGUGACAUCAUGGAGGGAAUCAAAUCAUCAUGAUGAUGUCACAGUGCUACAGCCAGCCAAUCACGAGGCAGUAUCGACCCCGCUACCCCCCCACCCCCAACCGCCCCCUGAUCUAACCCCCCAAACCCCAACAACACCGACUAAUGACGUCACAAUACCUGAUUGUUCAACGUCACGACCGACCGGAAAUACGUCAUCAACCAGCGAGAAGCCGCAGAUUGAAUGUGUGGUGUGUGGGGACAAAAGCAGUGGCAAACAUUAUGGCCAGUACACUUGCGAAGGGUGUAAAAGCUUCUUCAAACGAAGCGUACGAAGGAACCUUUCGUAUACAUGCAGAGGAAAUAGAAAUUGUCCAAUAGAUCAACAUCAUAGAAAUCAAUGCCAAUAUUGCCGACUGAAUAAGUGUGUGAAGAUCGGGAUGCGAAGGGAAGCUGUACAAAGGGGACGCAUGCCGCCCAGUCAACCCCAUACUACAGGCCAAUAUGCGAUAACCAACGGUGUUGAAAGCAACUUCGGUCCAGGGUAUAUGUCAGGCUAUAUAUCCAUGUUGUUAAGAGCCGAGCCUUACCCAACGUCGAGAUUUGCUUUGCAAUGUCCCGUCCCAAACCAAAUUAUGGGCAUCGACAAUAUUUGUGAACUAGCCGCUAGAUUGUUGUUUUCCGCCGUGGAAUGGGCGCGAAAUAUCCCGUUCUUCCCAGAGUUGCAGGUCACCGAUCAAGUAGCGAUGUUAAAAUGGGUCUGGAGCGAACUAUUUGUGUUGAAUGCAGCACAAAGUCACAUGCCUCUACACGUGGCACCUUUACUAGCAGCGGCUGGUUUGCACACUUCUAUGUCAGCUGACCGGGUGAUGACGUUCAUGGAUCAUAUUCGCAUCUUCCAAGAACAGGUUGAACGAUUAAAGUCGCUUCAUGUUGAUUCGGCCGAAUAUUCUUGUCUGAAAGCAAUUGUGCUUUUUACUGCAGAUUCCCAUGGAUUGAGUGAUAUGACACACAUAGAGAGCGUGCAAGAAAAGUCGCAAUGCGCUUUAGAAGAAUAUGUUCGUCACCAAUAUCCAAACCAACCAUCAAGGUUUGGAAAACUAUUACUUCGGUUGCCAUCGUUACGAACAGUUAGCGCGAGCGCGAUUGAACAGUUAUUCUUUGUUCGCCUUGUGGGGAAAACCCCCAUUGAGACACUAAUUCGAGAUAUGUUGCUGUCGGGGAGCUCAUACGGUUGGCCGUAUCACAUGACAUUGCAAUGACGUCACCAUUAGAUGGGAUGACGUCACCAAGAAUAUUCAUGACGUCUAAUGACGUUUGCUGUGAGAUUGUUGCAACCUAACUGGAUAAAGACGAAGUCGUAUUUCGGGAAUUCCCCUUAUGUUCCAAGCACGAUUAUGACGUAAUGAUCACGUGGUUUACCUCACACGAACGAAAUGUUGUUUCUAUGAAAGACACUGCCGGUAACUGUGCUAUGUCGUAAUAGGUGUCUAACAAUUGAAAGGAAUAAAAUUUCUUGACAAUA